AUGCUAUGGUUCUUGUUGCCGCCCUCGGGAUGGAUACGCGGGUACUGGUUCUCAAACGGACUCUGCAGGAUUAGGAAUUGGCUGCGGAAGCACUUUAUAUUAUUCAUUGAACAACAAGAAGAAUCAGAGUUGUAUAGUGUUGCACCGCAACCACCUGCCCCAUGCAUAAGGGCUUAUCCUAAUCGGGGGCCUGGAACGGCAAUGACAGAACCGCGCCUUAUGACGAAAGGGGGGAGGCCUGGAAAAGUGAAGGUGAAGGAGCUAGCUGCUCGAUCGAAGAACCCUGCUGCUUGGGUUGUUGAAAGUGAUGAAACAUCGAGUGAUUUCUAA